AUUUACAUGGAUUCUCCAUAAUUAUUAUGCAAAGUAGUGUUAAUUGGAGAUUCUGGAGUAGGCAAGACAUCAAUAUUGAACAAAAGAAUUUAUGAAAAGUUCUCAUUUCAUACUACUCAUACAUAGAUGGGAUAAAUGAAUACUUUGAAACUAAAAAUUCAUGAUAAAGAAAUAACCCUCAAAUUAUGGGAUACUGUAACUAAAUUGUUAAUAACUUUAGGCAGGACAAGAAAAAUAUAGAACUAUUACACUAUAAUUCUACAGAGAAACCAAAGGAGCAUUUCUUGUUUUUGAUAUGACGGUACAAUAAACAUUUGACAAUAUCAAAUUUUGGGCAAAAUAAUUGAGAAAUCACGGAGGAGAUGAUGUUAAGAAAGUUAUUUUAGCAAAUAAAUGUGAUUUAACUGAUAAAUUGGUAGUCAAAGAAGAAGAAAUAUCAGAAUUAGCCAAGUAAAUUAAUGCUAAUUACUUUAUUGUAUCUGCAUAUACUAAUGAAAAUAUUAUUAAAUGCUUUGAUUAUAUGGCACUUGAAUUAAUGAAAAAUUGCUGUAAUUAACCAGACAAGGGUCUCUAAAGUAAAUAAUUAUCUGCAAAUACAGAAAGUGUUUUGGAUUAAAAAUAGAAAAACAAGUCAUCUACAGGAUGCUGCUGAUAGCUGAUAAAUAAUAUAUU